UAUCCAAAACCGUUUUUGUGGGUUGAGAUAAUAACAUAACAUCCAUUCGCCAUUAUAUAUUGGCGGUAACAACCUCCCUUUGACCGACCACCAAAGUUCCAUACCAUUGACUUGACUCAUACCAAUCAUUACAAUUCCAUAUAACAUAUAUGCACACAUAUAACAAAAACAACGAUGACGGGCUUAUCAAGCCAUUUCAAAUGAAAUUUUUUUUUAUAAUGAUAAAGCAAAGAAGUAGAAGAAGUGACCAGCCUUGACGGCGAUCCCUCUUCAACGACAACCACGUCCCAUUUCUGCCGAGGCCAGAGGCAAAUUCAGGUGGAGUUUCCUAAUAAUCUGACAGUUCGGUAAAAAAAAUUCGACCAAAAAAUUAUCAUCAAAUAUGUGUGUGUGAAAAAAGAGACAAAAACAAACACACCUAAUAAAUAGCCCCCUUUUUAUACGAAAAAAAUAAUCACUCAAAUCAACGAACGAAGAAAAAGAAAAAACCCGCGAUUCUUUGGCCACCUCCUACUUGUUCGCCGACGCCUCCUCUUCUUAGUAUUAUUUUUCUCUGCAUUUUUUCGAAAGUUUUUGGAUCACCGAUACAUCCUUUUUUCGGCGUGUCCCGAAUUUAAUCCUCAUCCCACUCUUUUUUUUUUGUUCUUGUCUGUAUGGUGGUCAUUUCUAAUAUCACCAUAAGACAUUUAAAAAAACCGCGAAUUUCAAAAAUUAUUUUCGUCUGGUUUGGUAAUUAAAUAAUCAUUCAAAUUGGCGCGAAGAGUGAAAUCAAAGGCGACUACUAUGUCGAAUAAUCAACAGGCCGAUGACAAUCAAGGCCUAUUUGGUCCUGGACCAGGUGGUGGUAAUGAUGGCGGCCAGACCACUUUGAAAGGAUCAACAACUGUUACGGCUACGAAUCAGAUUUUGACGCAAGCAACCAGUGGUGGAACAGCUCAAGCUGUUCAAUACAGUAUCAUACAACCACAAUUACAGCUAGCUGAUGGACAAACAGCUGAAGCCAUUUUUUUACAAAAUGGUCAACAAGCCAUACAGUUAUCGGGUAAUCAUCAUCAAUUAUUAUCACCAAAUCAUCAAGUUGUACGUGCAACUGGAACUGGACAAGCACAAGCAACGGCUCAACAAGGACAACAGGUUUAUAUACAAGGAUUAGGAAAUGCAGUGAUUAGCAAUGGACAACCCGUUACAAUGCGGCAAGCCGGUAGUGUAAUGCAAGCAUUACAGCUACCCGUUCAACAAACCAUACCCGUCCAAUCCAUAUCGACACAAAAUGGUCAAACAAUACUACAGACAAUCCAAAUACCGAUACAAGCAUUACAAUCAAUUGGAACAAAUGUUCAACAACAACAAAUUGCUACCCAUCAAAUGAUGCCUCAAUUGCAACAAGUUCAAAUGACGCCAAUCACCGUAUCGCAAGCGUCAGCAUCACCGAUCAAGCAAGAACCGACCGAAAGUGCCACUCAAUUAGCUGCAAACGCCAAUAGCCAUCUGGCGAAUGCUCAAGCUGGACAAACGGUAUUAAAUAUUCAACUUCCAAAUGGGCAAAUUGGACAACUUAUAUCAGCACCUGCGGUUUGGCCAGCAAAUUCUGUCAACAUUUCCAAUAUUGGCGAUUUAUUAUCCGGUAUGCGAGGACAAAAUGUUAUACAAGUUCAAGGUGUACAGGGCGUUCAAGGUUUGCAAACAAUACAGUUACAAGGAGGUAAUAUAAUUGCAAAUGCGCCUAAUGGUCAACAAGUUGGUCCGUUAAGUCCGGUACAAGCAAUCCAAAUAGCCAAUAGUAAUCAACUAAUACAGCAGCUUCAACAGGAUCCAAAUGAUCCGAAUAAAUGGCAAAUUGUAGCUACACCGACAAAUGCACUUCAAGUGCAAGGAGCGAUACAGGCAAAUUUUGCUACGACAGCGACUUCUUCAGCAGCUGGUACAGAUGGAUCGACACAUACUAUUAGUAAUGCUGGCAGUGUUAGUCAAGAUGGACAAACGACAAGAAAACUUCGACGUGUCGCCUGUACAUGUCCGAAUUGUCGUGAUGGUGAAGGUCGUAAUAGUGAUACGAAAAAGAAGCAACAUAUAUGCCACAUUCCUGGAUGUAAUAAGGUAUAUGGAAAAACAUCGCAUCUACGCGCCCAUCUACGAUGGCAUACAGGCGAAAGGCCAUUUGUUUGCAAUUGGCUUUUCUGUGGAAAACGUUUCACUCGUUCGGAUGAGCUUCAACGACAUCGUCGUACACAUACAGGUGAAAAAAGGUUUCAAUGUGCAGAAUGUCUAAAACGUUUCAUGCGAAGUGAUCAUCUAUCUAAACAUCUUAAAACACAUCAAGCAAGACGCAUUGCACAACAACAACAACAACAGAUUCAGAUACAGACUACAUCCCAACAACAACAACUCAAUCCAAAUGAUGGUUCGAAUAAUCAGACAACGACGACAGCUCCAGCAACUACAACAUUGAUAAUCACAUCUAAUAAUAUUGCAUCGUUGAAUGAUCAGAUCAAAACAUAGGUAAAUGGAUGAAUUAUCAAAUUUAGCGGAUGCCUUUUCUUCAAUUUUCAUCAUUUUUUUUCAUUAUCAAUUCCAUAUUUUUGUAAUC